GCAAACACAGACAUUUGGCAAAAUCUCAGCCUCUCUAUCAGUCUAGCUCUGUUGAGCCUUGGACAAUAAUUGCUGUAUUUCAGCAAAUCAAAGAGCUCCGCUUCAGUUCCUGGGUGCAGGGAACCUAUGGCAGAACAACGAUCUCGACCUGAUUUCACCAUUUGAAAUCCAUUUACAGGGAAGGGCAGAGUAAUAUAUUCAAGAGCGCACUGAUAAGCUCGGAUGGACUCAACAGGCCGCUGAGGGAAACGCUGGGGAGCUUUACAGUGUGCUGGUGAUUCUCCAAUACAGGCCAAAUCCUGACUUCAACAUGAAGAUCUCUGGGACUUCACUCGACCUGAGUGCAGCAGACUAUGGGAUAACCCUGGACCCUACGUUCACCAUGCUGGAGUUUGACGCUCUACGUGUUCUCCCUCUGCAAUCAGAGCCAUUCAAUCCAGGCCAUAUGCCUGCAUCAGUCCCAGUGUCAGCGCCGCAGCAGAGCGUGGUGAAUCUCUGUGCUAUCUGCGCAGACAGAGCUACGGGGAAACACUACGGUGCGUCCAGCUGCGAUGGCUGCAAGGGCUUCUUCAGAAGGAGCGUGCGUAAGAACCAUGCCUACACAUGCCGGUUCAGCAGGCAGUGUGUGGUGGACAAAGACAAAAGAAACCAAUGCCGAUACUGCAGACUUCGAAAGUGCUUCAGAGCCGGCAUGAGGAAAGAAGCUGUUCAGAAUGAGCGUGACCGUAUCAGCUGUCGUAGAGAAGGUCAAGGCGUUGGGACUCUCACCAUCGAUGUGCUGAUGCAGGCCGAGGCUUGCACUCAUCAGAACCCCUCCCAGAAUCCCAUGAGGGACAUCAAAACUAAGAAGAUAGCUGGCGUGAGUGAUGUGUGUGAAUCCAUGAAACAGCAGCUCCUCCUCCUCGUGGAAUGGGCAAAGUGCAUCCCUGAGUUCUGUGAGCUGUCGGUGGAUGACAGGGUGGCACUGUUAAGAGCUCACUCCGCUGAGCACCUCAUCUUAGGGGUGGCACGACGUUCGAUUCCUUACAAUGACAUCAUCCUGCUGGGAAACGACUUCAUCAUUCCCGUUCGGGGUACCGAGCAGGAGAUGUCCAAGGUAGCCACUCGUAUCCUGGAGGAGCUGGUGAGACCGCUGAAAGAGCUGAACAUCACAGACACUGAAUUUGUCUGUCUCAAAACCAUCGUCUUCUUCGCCCCAGACUGUCCUGGACUGCAGUGCACUCAGACAGUGCGCCGCCUGCGAUUCCAGGCUCAGGUGCUGCUGGAUGAGGCCACGAGCGAGCAGCGAGGCCGGUUUGGGGAGCUGUUGCUGUUGCUGACCACACUGCAGAGUGUGGCCUGGCAGAUGUUGGAGCAGCUGCAGCUGAUGCGUCUCCUGGGCAAAGCCAAUGUGGACAGUCUGCUGACGGAGAUGCUCCUGGGAGAAGAAGCAUCCAGAGGAUCUGAAGCACUGCCUGCAUCAGAGUCAAAUCCUGAGCCGCUUAUAUUCACCACAGCUACAGAGUCUGUCCUCUCCAGAGGAGUACUGACGGAGCAUAUCCCAGUGCCUAACUUCACAUCCGUGAUCCUUCCUGUACCCUCCUGUGAGUAUCUCAAGCGCAGGUAGUCCAGCCAUCAGCCCUAUAGAGUUUAAAGGGAUAGUUCACCCAAAAAUCAACAUUCUAUGUCAUACCAAACCCGCAUGACUUUUUGUACCUCAAUGGAACAUAAUAAUAAUAAUAAUAAAAGAAGAUCAUUUUGAAGAUAAUUUUAAACAAAUAUUACUGUGGUACAUUUUACAGGAAAAUACUGCUUCUUUCUCUCUACUUUAAAAUCGCAUUUUUAAUUGAAUGUUUCUUGUGUAACUGUGAGUGAAAACUGUUUCAAAGUAAAUCCUACACCAAAUGUUUUUCAGUGUAAGAGACGUCUGAAAUAUCGCCAAUAUACUGUGUUAAUUUUUCGUAUUGGUUCUCCACAGGUGUUUUACCUGUAUUUUGAAUUACACAAUGCAUUAGCGGUAAAGGAAAUAUCUGUAAAGGUUCUGGCAAAUAAUUACCAGUACCUUAUCCAUUUUCUACUGAUGCUUUUCUUACAGUGCAUAAAAAUAGCCCAUAUGACCAAUUAACCAUAUUCUAAGUCUUUUAAAGGUGUAAAGCUUUCUGUAAUCACAGAAUAUUUAUGUUCAGAUGAAAUAUAAGUCUUAAAAAGCUGGAAUCUUGAUCUAUAAAUGGUAGUUUCCCAUAUAUAAAUAAAAAGGUAAUUGCGACUUUUUAUCUCACAAUUCUGACUUUUUUAUAAUUCACAAUUUACUUUUCUCAAUUUUG